AUGGUGGGCUGCUCUCGGGGCUCCCUCCCCACCUGGAUGACCGCCGCCGCCGCGCGGGUCGACCUCUCUGCCGGCGUAACGCCUUCGCACCAGGGCUCGUCCUCUCCGUCCCCCUCUUCCUCGGGUCCCGCUCCGGCCGCGGGGGCGGACCAGGAGCUCGGGAUGUUCGAGCGCGCGUUCUCCGCCGCCGGCGCCGCCUUCGUCUCAGCUAUCAUCGUCAACCCUCUAGAUGUCGCCAAGACGAGGUUGCAGGCCCAGGCGGCAGGGGUGCUGUACCACCAGCCUGCCCAGAUGGCGGCGCUUGGCCCGGAUGCGAUCCUGUCUGAAUUCAGAUGCUCUCCUUCAUGCACACGUGGUCUCGUAUUAGGAAGUGAGCCAGUUUGUCCUCCUGAUUGCUUCCAGUACAAGGGAACACUUGAUGUAUUCUUGAAAGUGGUCAGACAGGAGGGUUUCAGUAGACUAUGGAGAGGAACAAAUGCAGGCUUAGCAUUAGCUGUACCCACUGUUGGGAUAUACUUGCCUUGUUAUGAUAUAUUCCGCAACGGGAUUGAGGAUUUCACAAGAAGUAAUGCUCCUGGCUUGACACCAUAUGCGCCGCUAGUAGCAGGAUCUGUUGCACGUUCAUUAGCAUGUAUUGCUUGUUCUCCAAUUGAGCUGGCAAGGACACGUAUGCAGGCAUAUAAAGAGUUUCGUCCUGGCGUAAAGCCUCCUGGAAUGUGGAAAACCUUGGUUGGUGUUCUCUCACCACUUGCAAGUUCAAGUCAGAAUGUACAAAACUAUCGUGUUCUGUGGACUGGGGUGGGUGCACAACUUGCUCGAGAUGUUCCUUUCUCCGCUUUAUGCUGGUCAACUCUUGAGCCUAUUCGAAGAAAACUGCUUGGUCUUGUUGGAGAAGAAGGCAAUGCAGCUAGUGUAUUGGGAGCAAAUUUUGCUGCUGGUUUUGUAGCAGGCAGUCUUGCUGCUGGUGCUACAUGCCCUCUGGAUGUUGCAAAAACAAGGAGACAGAUAGAGAAAGAUACUGAGAAGGCAAUGAGGAUGACUACAAGGCAAACAUUAACUGAGAUAUGGAGGUCUGGAGGCAUGAAAGGGCUGUUCACAGGCGUCGGCCCACGUGUUGCACGUGCUGGUCCAUCAGUUGGUAUUGUCAUUUCCUUCUACGAGGUUGUCAAGUAUGCUCUUCAUGAAAGGCACACCUCAUGA